GGUUAAACCCAACAGGACAGCAGUGCAACAGUAGCAGCUCACCUACAAGUAUGUCUACCACCGACAUGAGCAUGGGCAUGGGCAAGAUCAUCCUCUAUGAGGACAGGAACUUCCAGGGUCGCUCCUAUGAGUGCAUGAGCGACUGCCCCGACAUGUCCUCCUACCUGAGCAGGUGUCAGUCCUGCAGGGUGGAGAGCGGCUGCUUCAUGGUCUACGAGAGGCCCAACUUCAUGGGAAACCAGUUCUUCAUGAGAAGGGGCGAGUACUCUGACUACAUGAGCAUGCUGGGAAUGAGCAGCGGCAUCAGGUCCUGCCGUAUGAUCCCCAUGCAGCACAGAGGCCAGUUCAGGAUGAGGAUCUACGAGAGGGAGAACUUCGGAGGUCAGAUGUCUGAGCUGAUGGACGACUGCGAGAACAUCCAGGACCGUUACCGCAUGUCCGACUGCAUGUCCUGCAACGUGAUGGACGGCCACUGGCUGAUGUACGAGCAGCCCCACUUCAGAGGCAGGAUGAUGUACCUGAGGCCUGGAGAGUACAGGAGCUUCAGGGAGAUGGGAAUGAGCGGCAUGAGGUUCAUGAGCAUGAGGCGCAUCACUGACAUGUGUUAGACGUUCUCAAUUUGAAAUAAAAAACUAAAAUGAA